AUGCUACUUGAUACACAUAAAAUAUCAUUAAUUUAUGAUUUUUGGAAACUGAACAACGAAGAAAAUUAUCUACACGAUGUUGGUGAAUUAUCACGUAAAUUACUAGAAUCAGAUACCAUAGAUGCUGAAUACAUACGUAAUUGGAUUCCUGAUCUUCUUCGUCUUGUUGAAUUAUGGGAACAACAGUCUUUAACUGAAUUGGAUAAAUUCUAUACAGAAUUAUUAACAAAUAAUGUAUAUAAUGACAAAGUUGACGCUUUAUUACGCUUUCUUUAUGAUAUUCAAUCGUAUGAAAUGGUUAAAUAUCUAUUAGAAAAGAAUGUUGAAUAUUAUAAAAAAGAUAAAAUUGUGUCGCCAACAAUGAAUGCUUUCCAUGAAUCUUGUAUAUAUGGUUUUAGUCAAGUCUGUUUAUUAUUUAUUCGAAAUAAACAAGAUGUUAAUGAAAGAUUUUCAUUAAUAUAUGAAAAUUUUAAAACAAAUAAAAAAGAAACCAUACGUAAUUUAACGGCACUUCAACUUGUAUGUCUUUGGUCAAAAUAUUUCCCUAAGAGACUUUCAUCCUAUGCUCAUACAGUCCGAAUAUUAUUAAACAAUGGCGCACAAGUUAAUACAACAUCAACAGAAUUAACAACACCACUUCAUUGGGCAUCUCGAGCAAAACAUACAAUACAAAUAGCACAAGAUCUUAUUGAACGUGGUGCAUGUAUUAAUGCACGUGAUCAACUUGAUAUUCAACCAAUUCAUUAUGCAUGCUGGGCACGAAAUCAAGUGUUAGUUGAUAUGCUACUGGCUAAAGGUGCACAACUUACCGAUGAAGAUAAACUAGGUCGUACGGCAAUACAUUUUCUUUGUAUGCCUUCAUUUAUUGAAGCGAUCACAAGUGACGAUCAACAACAACAAUAUAUUUUAAUGAAAUAUUUACUAGAAAAUCAUCAUAAAAACAGUCAUACUAUUGAUUUACAACGAGAAGAUAAUCAAGGGCAUACAUUAAUAGCAUAUGCAUGUGUCAGUCAAAAUUUUGAACUUUUAAAAAUUCUUCUUCAACAUCAACCAAAUUUAUUAAAUAAAGCAACUAGCAAUGGAAGAACACCAUUGAUGAUUGCUAUUGAUGAAUGUUUUGUCGAUGGUAUUGAAUAUUUACUUGAACAACGUGGUCUUGAACGAAAUACAUGUGAUGCAGCUGGUAAUACAGCUGUACAUCAUGCGUGUAUGUGUACAAAUGUUUCAAUGCGUUUAAGACUUCUUCAAUUAUUAAUUGAUGAUCAAAAUGGUGUAUUCGAUCUUGAAAAACGUAAUGCACAAUUAAUUGAUCCAUUCAUGUUGUGUACAAUAAAUCAUUCAAUUGAUUUAUGUCGUUUAUUAAUGGAAAAAAAUGUCAUUUUAACUAAACGAGAUAUGCAUUCGAGACAACCUCUUCAUAUUGCAUGUCAAAUUGGUGACUAUGAUUUAGUAUUGUUAUUGAUACGCUCGUCAACGGUAAAUAUAAAUGCAUUGGAUGAUAAUCAUAGAAAUUGUUUAUAUUACGCUAUCAGUUAUGGUGAUGAAAAAAUUGUCGAUUUAUUAAUUGAAAAUAAUGUAGCUAUUAAAAUACGUGAUCGUGUUGGUGAUACACCAUUGCAUUUAGCUGUACAACAUACAACAAAUGCCUAUAAAUUAACCAAUAGUCUUCUACAAAAACAAGAUGGCAAAGAUCUAAUCAAUGAGCCAGCAGCUGAUGGAAUGAAACCAAUUUUAUUAUCGGCAAGUUGUAAACAAGCAGAAGUUGUUUAUCUUUUAAUUAAAAACGGCGCUGAUGUUAAAGCGGUUGAUGAUGAACAUAAUACCGCAUUACAUUUAGCAUGUAAAAGUAAUUGUAUGAAAUGUGUCUUUUAUCUUAUUGAAUUUGGUGGUCUUGAUGUUAAUGGUCUAAAUUGUUAUCGACAUACACCAAUGUUUUUUGCUUAUACAAGUAAUGAUUAUGAUCUUGUUCAAUAUCUUAUAUCAUGUGGUGCACAACUCGAUGUUCGUGAUACUCAAAAUUAUUUACCAAUUCACGUUGGCCUUAUUUUAUCAGAACCUGAUAAAGAAUACAAUUUAAAUCUCAUUGAUUUAUAUAAAGAUAAAGAUGAGAAACUACUCGACGAUGACAAUAAUGAAUCCAAAAUGACAGCAUUAAUUCUAGCAUGUAUGCAAGGUAAAUUAAAUGUUGUAAAGCAUUUAAUUCUGAAUUAUAAAGUAAAUAUUAUGGCAAAAUGUUCGAAUGGACAUACACCAUUACAUUAUGCAUGUUUAACAAAAGAUUCAAACUCAUUAGAAAUCAUCGAAUUUUUAAUGCAACAUGGAUGUACAUAUGAAAGUGUAGAUCAACCGAAAGGUACAUUUUUAUUUACAGUUGUUCAACAUGGUGAACCAAAUGCUGCUAUGUAUUUUAUUAAUUAUUGGCUUAAAAGCAAUCCCGAUAUUAAUGAAGUGCAUUAUUGUACAACAAUACUUGAUCUUCUCUAUGAUCGUGCACAACUACAUCACCAUGAUAUUAAUUUUGCGCUUCUUGGCAGUUUAAUAGAGAAAGGUGCUCAUUUAUUUUCAUCAAAAUUACCAUCGUUUCCAUGUUCAUUAGUCAACGAUUGUCCAUCUUUUUAUUCAACGUUAUUUGAAUAUAACUGUACAUCGAUUAGUGAUAAAAAGUUAUUUAUCUUUCAACUAUUACAUUCACUUUCAGUUCAUCCAGAAAAAUUCUUAUUGUUGAACAAGACAAAUAAAGAAUUUAUUAGUGUUUGUGAAUAUUUCUGGAAGGUUGCUAAUUUCGUACAUUAUUAUUAUAAUAUUGAUCGAUUUCAUGAAACUAUUGACGAACAUUUAUUUCCACAACUUAGCGCUCAACAACCAAGUGAACAUGUAGAUGUACUUCGAAAACAAUUGGAUAUUCUACGUUCAACUCCAUUGAAAUUAUCAGAAAUAGCACGAAAAUUGAUUCGUACAAAAGUUAUUAUUCCAAUCAAAAAGGAAUUCGACCAGUUGGGUGUAACUCGACAUCUUGUAGAAUUUCUUUCACAAUCAACAUUUUAA